CCUGACAUUUCUUCAAACGACGCGAGGACGAGGUGAAGAAACCCCUCUUCUAUUCUCUUCUCUUCUCUUCCCGGUCCCCACGUAAGGAUACCAUAUCCCAUCCAUCCUCUUGAGGAAUGACGAAUUGCAACCGAAACCAUGCAGAGUCAGAGGAGGAGGAGCACAGACGUGCCCAAGGCAGCGCGGCAGCGACGUCUAUCAAAUCAAUCAAUCACCCUGACAGAUAGUUGGCACUUCUUCACACCUGCUGCCGAGGCCCAAGGAGCAUUUUCGUCCAAUGUCUAUUGCCUACUGCAUCGCCACCGGCAGAGGUGGUCGUGGUCGUCUACCUACGCAUUCGCACCGCACGUACACACUCGCGCACGCUCGCACCAACCGUUGAGGAAUUGGCGAGGCAUUCAGUUAUCCAUCAAUGGGGACGACGACAAGCACAGGAGUAGAGGGGAGGGGGGGAAACUAGGUGCCACGGUGCACCGUGAUCUCCGCCGGACCCUGGUCGCCCGCCCUCGGAAUGUUUGUGUCCCGUUGGCGAUCCCUGGUACGGAGUACAACCAGCGGAUGGCAGCAACCUGGCAGCGAAUUGGUAACAAGGCCGUGCUGGUGGGAUCAAAUAGGAUCUGCGGCUCUUUUGGCCCAAAAAGAUUCAACACAGCGGGGAUAGCCACCAGCCUCGCACACUCGCCCUAUUCAUCCCUGGAGCCUGUCGCAUUAUUGCGUCUCUUAAGAUCUACGCAAUAUGUAUCGGGAUCUCAGCUCGCCUCACGACCAAGCGAAUCAUGGCCAUGUGUACUUGGUAAAGAAAAGGGAACCUGGGGCCAAAAGAAGGAAGCUGGCAGGUACACGAGGGACCAGUCGUCUCCAACCUGGUUGAUCAAGGCACCAACAGACAUAUACCAGAUCUACGGAUACCCAGGGCGAACGAUCGAAGCAAACCUGACUAACGACAGGCAGGAAAGACCAGCCAGUCAUCUUCCAAGUGCAGUACUGGCAUCUGAAAGUAUACCGGUGCCUUGUCUCAGUGACACCCGCUUCGUAAUUAACCACGGUCGUGAGCACGGAUGGACGAUGCCGAGUCCUCCAUCUCAACUCGACCAAUCGUGAGCCUAGGGAUGGUGGGAGGCGUUGUCGUCCGAAGCGCCGGAGCAGCUACCAAGUCAACGUUGACCGUUUCAGACUACCGCCCAGAGAGAACCACGACGGUCACCAGUAGGGUGAGGGCCUGGUCCGCGGCGACCCAUAUACAGAAAGUACCCAGGAAGACUAGACCCA